GGCGAGUUUCAGCAACAGGUGCCUGCAGGACACUUGUCAGUGAGCUGGGCCCAUUUUCUCCUCUUGGACAGCUACAUGUUUUCCAUAGUCAAAGGGUGUCUUAAUAACAUCUCGUAACUGGCUCCCAUGCCUCCGCUCCUGCAGACACAUACGCAGGUACCCGACUCGUGGAACGAAUUCCCCUGAGGUCAGAGAGCAACAUCCCUGCUCCGAGGCGCUUGAACGUGGGGCGUGAGGCUGCAGCCAUGUCUGAAGUAAUACCAACCGCCAGUGUCCAUGCUUUCUGCUGGUAGCACCUGGCUGCAGCCCCACUGUCGCUGGUGGAAGCGCUUACUGGCUUGGCCCCAGGACGUCACGUUGGUUAGUUUGGGUUGGUUCCGUAAGAUGAAACAUUUGAAGGCAAAUUCAGUUACAGAUCCUCGGCUGCUCCCUGUGUCCGGGAGCCUGUGGGGAAGGGUGCACGCGGCAGCCGCAAGCCGUGCAUACGGGGUGCAGGUGGGGAAUGCCACGAGGCCACUGGGGCGCUACCCAGUCCCCAAGAAGAAAGACCUGCCGUACGACAUCGUGGAGCUCAUGGAAGAAGUAGAGAUGAAGAGUGGAUUCUUGCCCAAUGUGUUCAGCGUGAUGGCUCAUCGGCCUGCGGAGUUCCGCGCGUUCUUCGCGUACUACAACGCCAUCAUGAACAAAGAGAGAGGAGGACUCAGCAAGGCAGACAAAGAACUUAUUGUUGUGGCUACAAGCGUUGUUAACAGAUGUCCCUACUGUGUAAUUGCACACGGUGCUUUACAUCGGAUAUAUUCUAAAAAGCCAGCUUUGGCUGAUCAGGUAGUUGUGAACUGGAAACUGGCUGAGCUAAGUGCUCGGGAGCAGGCAAUGCUGGAGUUUGCUGUUGCAGUCAGUCACGCUGAUAACAUAACCGAAGAGCACUUCCAGAAGCUAGCAGCGCAGGGUUUUGACCGUGAAGAUGCCUGGGAUAUAGGCAUGAUUGCCUCCUUUUUUGCCAUGUCUAAUCGUAUAGCUCACUUUACUGACCUGCGUCCAAAUGAAGAAUUCUACACCAUGGGCAGAAUACCUCGGGACAAAGAAAAGGCAGAAACUCCAUAAUGCCGCCCACAGUUUUGUGAGGACAUAUCAAACACUUAAUGCUGUGGCUAACAUUGCUCGUUACCGAAUAUAUAUAAAAGGCAGAAGCUAAUAGCAGAUUGUUACCGGAAGAGAUCAGAUGGGGAAAUGGCUUACACUUUCCUCCAGCAUGCAGAAAGCUAGAAAGGGCUUGCAGCCGUAGGCCAGUUAUAACACGUUUAGUUCCUAAAAUAGCUUCAAGGUCAAAACUUUUUGUCUUAAAACUUGUUUAGGCUGCAAUAAAGUGGCUAGGUAACAUACUGUGAUUUAUAAACAAGCUGCAUAGCAACUUUUUCAUCACAUCUGUUACAUUAGAGUGUAAGGACCAGAUGAGCUUUUGUAUAUAUUGCACCAUUGUCAAAUGGGGGAGGACUGUAAUACAUUUCUCAUGGCACUUUUGCUAAUUAUCCGACAUUAAUGUAUAAGGGUUGGGGAGAAGGGAAUGUUCCCUUUCUCAGCCUUAUUAAUGACUUAUUUUAUCCUGCAAUAAAGGCAUAAUACUGCUGUGCUGUAAUAGCACAAUCAUUCUA